GGUCUUUACUGAAACGCGCUUUGUGAAGACCAGUGAGGCAUUUUGAGCUUGUUUGUGUCUGCUGGUAGUGUAAAUUGUUCACCGACAGAGGGACACUCGUGUGAUUCCUUAGUUGUCGCGCGUCCGGAAAUUCCUUAGUUUUACUCUUACCACUGUCGUAUCUAUCUAAUACAGAUUUCAUAUUUAACUAGUAAAGAAUUGCAUAUCAAAAUCUGCAACAGAAUCCUUUUGUUUGGAGGGAUUUUAGUCAUCAUGGCUGAACAUUUAUCCCAGAGUGAACUGGAUUAUCCUUUCAAACUCUUGGAAUAUUUAAACGGAUACAGGAUCUCCAAGGGGAUAUUUUCAGCAUGCGAGUUAGGCGUGUUUGAACUUCUGUUAGAGUCUGAAAAGCCCCUGACUGCAGGUGAGAUGGCACAGAAGCUUGGCACCAGUGAAGAUGGACUCAAACGUUUACUGGAUCUGCUGGUCGCCAUUGAGAUUUUGAAUGUGGAAGAUGUACAGGGAACAGCCUUUUACAACAAUACAGAUGUUGCUAAUCUGUACUUGGCUAAGUCCAGUCCAAAAUCUUUACACACUUCAAUCGUCUACCAAUCUCAGACCAUCUAUCCACUCUGGAACAAUCUAGGAGAUGCUGUUCGGGAAGGCAAAAACCAGAACGAGAAAACCUUCGGCCUCCCAUCUGAAGAAAUCUUCUCUGCCAUAUACAGGUCAGAAGAUGAGAUGCUGAAGUUUAUGGGUCUGAUGAACUCUACAUGGGUCAUUGACCGCCAUGACAUAGCAACAGCAUUUGAUCUCUCCCGUUUUAAGUCUAUCAUAGACUUAGGGGGCUGUUCUGGGGUAUUAGCGCGGGAGCUGGCGAAAGAAUAUCCGUCAUCCACCGUCACGGUUCUGGAUCUUCCAGAUGUGAUCCAGUCUGCUCAGCGACAUUUUGUCCAGGAAGGUGACACCAUUCGUUUUCAGGAGGGGGACUUUUUUGAUGGAGAAAUCCCUUCUGCAGAUUUGUACAUUCUGGCCCGUAUCCUUCACGACUGGAAAGAUGAUAAAAAUCUCAAGCUUUUAAAAAAAAUUCAUACAGCAUGUAACACAGGUGGAGGUGUUCUGAUUGCAGAGGUGCUGAUGUUUGAGAACGGUCGAGGUACAACUUUGACUCAGAUGCUUUCUUUAAACAUGCUCGUCCAGACAGAAGGGAAAGAACACCCACCCUCUUAUUACAAACAUCUGCUCAAUGAAGCUGGAUUCAGAGACGUGCAGGUUUGUCGGACCGGAAAAUUAUAUGAUGCUAUUUUGGCCCUCAAAUAAACGCAAAAUCCCAUUUUGUAAUCGAAACCGACCCCUUCUGCCUUAUCCACACAACUAUUACAAUUAGACACAUCAUGGUUAUUUGUUGUUUCAUCUAGUUUUGUGCCUUCUGCCUUGUUAUGUGCAAAUGAGAUUGUUUUAUCCAAUCCAUGUUAUUGAUCUCAUAUAUAUGCAACAAGAACAUUAACCCAGGGUUAGCAAAUGUACAGUUUAAGGCUAUGUUUACAUUAAUGCGUUUAUCCUUUAAAACGCGUUACUUUUGCUACGUUUAGGCCUUUCAUCUACACUACAUCACCGUUUUCGACCCUCAUAAACGGAUUCGUUCAAAAACGCUGAAGACCCUGUUUUAGUUUGAGAACUCAGACGUUGCUCUGAGUGUAAAUGAACGUAGACGGAGUCUUAUGUAAACGAACAGCUGAUGUUAACCUGACAACGCAUCAUUUUCAAAGUAAAAAUUAUUUUAUUCAUGUAAAUGUUGGUUUGCAACGGAGGUUUUGACAAAAAAUAGUGAACAUCUACCAACCAGCUAUUAUAAACGCUAUAUCGGAUUGUUUUAACAUGUAUCCUUAUAGAUAAUGUCUGUUUUAUGUUAAUGUUUGAGUAUUGUUGGGUUUAAUGUGUUUAUGUUUUGUUUAAAUUUAGUUAGCUUACGAAAGAUAGACUGUAAUUUUAAACGCCAUAUAGGCGUUGUAAAGGCCAAUAUGAAUGGAGAAUUGUAAUGGGUCAGACAUUAUUUUUGAGUUUAAUUUAAGUUUUGUUUGCUACUUUAAAAUGAAUUUCGUUUCAGAUAAUUUGUCUCUUAAUUUUAAUCGAUGUUUUGUUGAUAAGUUUUGUGAAUAUAAAUUAAUAAAAACAAUAAACUCAACGUCAUUAAUAUAAAAUGCUCGUUUAGGCGCUUGCGCUUUUAGCUAUUCUGUGUUGCUAGCGGAGGACGUGCACGGACCUCGCACACUUUUAAAAAUUAAUGCAAUAAGGAUUUCUGGAAGGCUAAAUAAGCAAUACUUCACCUCUUACUAUGUUUGAUUGAAGUUUGCAUUUGCUAAAAUUUAUUUUUGCUUCAAGUUCGCUACUGUUUAGUACUGUUCACUUGAAUGCUUUCUUUUUAAAUCAUAAAGACCUUUAUGUUUAGUUAUAAAAUCAAAAUUAACCUAUUAAUCAUAUUAAUAUGUUGUAGGGGGGAGAUAGAACAGUAUAAGACUUUCCCAAACACAUUUUUAUAGGUUCAAAAAUAGUGUCUGUUAUAGUUGCCAGCAAAGGACCCAGGUAUGACUUUUUGUCAAUAUCGCACACCCCUAGGCUGCGUAAACGCGCAAAGGUAAGCUAUUAUUAGAGUAAUAAGUUAUUUUACACUUUUAUGCGCAUGCCCAGUUACAUGAUUGGUCAUGUUUCAUGGGUUUAUGGUGGUGUAUAGUGUGGAUGAAGAUUCUUUUUAAAAUGCCAGUAUAAACGAGGAUCGUUUUCAUUUUAAAAUGCCGUUUUAAAACGCAAAUGCUCUAAUGUAAACAUGGCCUAAAAUGAUUAAACCUCACUAGUCAAGAAUAAUUAUUAACCCAGUGUAAUCUAUUAAUCAUAUAAAACAGACAACCUUAGGUUAACAAUUUCAGGUGUUACAAGCCCUUUUUUGUUGUAGUUAUUUUUUAACCAAACUCUAUUGACCUACACAAGUGGCUUUAAAGGGAGCGUGUUAAGGACUUUUUUAAUAUUUGUCCAGAGACGUUUAAAAAUUAAGCUCCUUUCUCACUUCAGUCCAGAAUAUGAAGGUUCUGGCUAGAAAGGAUACAGCUACGGCCAAAUCUCGCGAGAUGUUAGAUUUAUGGGCGAAGGAUUAGGAUGUAAACAGCCCUCCUUCGGCGAGAUUUCGGCCAUAGCUGUGUCCCUUCUAGUCAUAACCCUUCUUGCGAUGCCAGACAAACCGACAGGUUUGAAGAGAAGGUACCGCGAGAGCAAUUCGAAAUCACAUGGAGAAGCCUAUUUUCGAAUCGCUCUCGCGAUAGUUUGAUGUCAACCGUUUGUCAGUUCUUGCAACCCCGCAUGAAGUCGAACAAGCCUGUACUGAGACAUGGUUACGUGUGACACCUAGUGGUGAUUUUAUGAACUACCACGAACUUUAUUAUUAAUACGUAACACGUAAACUUAUUUUUAACGCUUACAUUCAGAAAAGUCUCCAUGUUAUUUCCUGACUUGAUCUUUUUUUGUCUAGCUUACAUUUCACGUGUGAUGUGAAAUAUUUCUAACACAAUUAGUUUGCCCAACCCUUUACUGGAAAGGCAUAAAGAUUUGUUUGUGGCUUGUAUGUGUGCAAUGUACCUUUUAGUGAAAUCAUGCACAACCCUGGCCUUGGGCUACACAUUUAUAUUUGUCCUAGAAGAAUAAUCUUCGAAUCAAAGGAAACGAUAAACAAUG